AUGUCCGGCACUGUGGAGACACUACGGUUCCAGCUGCUGCCCCCUGAACCAGAUGAACCUCUCUGGGGCGUCCCCUGUGAGCAGCCCCCGGAGCGGAGGUACCAGGCGCUGCCCUCCCUCGUCUGCACUAUGUGCUGUCUCUUCGGUGUUGUCUACUGCUUCUUUGGUUACCGCUGCUUCAAGGCUGUGCUAUUUCUCACGGGACUCCUGUUCGGUUCAGUGGUCAUCUUCCUGCUCUGCUACCGAGAGCGGGUGCUGGAGACGCAGCUGAAUGCUGGGGCAAGUGCGGGCAUUGCCCUGGGCAUCGGCCUGCUGUGCGGGCUGGUGGCCAUGCUGGUACGCAGCGUGGGGCUCUUCCUGGUUGGACUGCUGCUCGGGCUGCUGCUGGGGGCAGCCGCCCUGAUGGGUUCUGGCCCUUUCUACCAGCCAGGCUCUGUGUGGGGGCCACUGGGGCUGUUGCUGGGAGGGGGCCUGCUGUGUGCCCUGCUCACCUUGCGCUGGCCUCGGCCGUUCACCACUCUGGCCACUGCCGUGGCCGGGGCUGCCCUCAUUGCCGCAGCUGCCGACUACUUUGCAGAACUGUUACUGUUGGGGCGCUAUGCUGCAGAGAGGCUCCGGGCUGCCCCAGUGCCUCCACUGUGCUGGCGGAGCUGGGCCCUGCUGGCCAUCUGGCCUCUGCUCAGCCUGAUGGGCGUCCUGGUACAAUGGAGAGUCACAGCUGAGGGGGACUCACACACAGAGGUGGUGAUUAGCCGGCAGCAGCGAAGGGUACAACUGAUGCGAAUUCGGCAGCGUGAGGAGCGGAAGGAGAAGCGAAGGAGGAAGAGACCCCCUCGGGCUCCUUCUCGGGGUUCCCGGGCCCCACCAAAGCCUGGCCCUCCUGAUUCUGGCUAUCGACGAAGGCCUGUGCCUGUCAAACGCUUCAAUGGAGACGUGCUCUCUCCUAGCUACAUUCAGAGUUUUCGGGACCGGCAGACGGGGAAUUCUCUGAGCAGUUUUGUGGCACCCCCAGUAGACCUGGAUUAUGAAUGUGGUUCCACAGUGCCGCUGACAGCUGGCUCAGAACCCCCUGUUCGAGUAUAGCUUAACUCUCAUCUGGUCAGAGGAGACCCUGAAACUUGACUCUGGAUACUUCAGACACUGACUCUGCCGGUU